AUGAAGGACUCCCAGAUCGUCGGAACCGCCCUGGCGGAGGUGAUGCCCCAGAAGGGCAGAUACUGGUUCCAAGAGUCACAUCUCCUUCGCCUCAACUUACUACUCCUCGUUCCUCUUCUUUCAUCUUCAGUAUCAGGCUACGAUGGCUCCCUGAUGAACAGCCUCCAGUCCCUCCCGCAAUGGAAAGAAUACUUUGGCCACCCAGCAGGAGCAACCCUCGGUCUCGUCAACGCCGCCCAAUCAAUCGGCUCCGUCAUCGCAAUCCCCUUCGUCGGGGAUCUGUCUGACAAAUAUGGCCGCAAGCCGAUUCUCCUCUUUGGCAUCAUUCUUAUCAUCAUCGCGACGAUUAUCCAAUCUGCCUCCAUCAACCUGCCCAUGUUUGUGGUGUCGAGGUUGAUCGUUGGAUUCGGAGGCAUGUUUGUGGUGCAGCCCAGCCCACUGCUUAUCGCUGAGUUGGCGUACCCGACUCAUCGGGGGAAAUACACGUGCGCAUUUUGGACUAUGUAUUAUCUGGGCGCCAUCCUCGCCUCCUGGACAACUUUCGGCACACAGUCCUAUUCCGGCGUCUGGGCCUGGCGCAUCCCCUCAAUCAUCCAAGCAGCGCUCCCCCUCGUCCAACUCACCUUCUGGUACUGGAUCCCUGAGUCUCCCCGCUGGCUUGUAGCCCAAGACCGCGCCCCCGAAGCCGCCGCCCUCCUCUCCAAAUAUCACGCCGGUCAGCCCAUCCCCGGCGAGGCAGCCCACACACCUCUGGUCGCCCGCGAAUUAUCUGAAAUCGUGCAAACUAUUCAUUUAGAGAAGACGGCUAAAACUACAGGGUGGAUAUCACUGAUCUCUACCCCUGGGAAUAGAAAGAGGACUAUGAUUGCCGUUUGUUGCGGCGCUUUUGCGCAGUGGAAUGGGAUUGGAAUUGUGUCGUAUUAUCUCACUCUUGUGUUGGAUACCAUUGGCAUCACCGACACUUUUGAACAGACGCUCAUCAAUGGGUUGCUGCAAAUCUUCAACUUCGGCGCUGCUCUCGCUGCCGCUUUCCUCGUCGAUCGUCUGGGGAGGCGCACUUUGUUCUUAUGGAGUAGCGUUGGCAUGCUUCUGUCCUAUAUCGUCUGGACGGCCUGUUCGGCUGUUAACUCAGACACGGGAUCAAAACCAGCGGGUAUUGUGGUGGUCGUUUGUUUGUUUACUUACUUCUUCCAUUACGACAUCGCCUGGACACCUCUACUAUUUGGCUAUCCAACGGAGAUUUUCCCCUACAGUCUGCGUUCAAGGGGGAUCGCCGUCGAGCUGUUCGCUAUAUACGGGUCGCUCGUCAUUGCUGCAUUUUGCAACCCCAUCGGGAUCGAGAAUAUUGGGUGGAAGUACUACAUCGUGUUUUGUGUGUUUCUGAGCUUGAUGCUGCCUGUUGUGUACUUUACCUUCCCCGAGACCAAAGGGCACAGCUUGGAAGAAAUCGCGGUUAUCUUUGAUGGUAAGGAUGUAGCUCUUGUGGAAGAUGUCGGCGCCGACGAGAAGGAGAACCUGAAGGCUGGUGGUAUCACAUCCGCAGCUCAUACUGAGGAGGUGUGA